AUGAGACUAAAGUACCUCAAAAUUGUACUUAAGUACAGUACUUGGGUAAAUGGACUUAGUUACUUUCCAUCACUAAUGGUGAGUACCCAUCGCUUUACUUCUUCCGGUUUUAUUUUGAAAUUCAUAACAAGACGUGCUAGGCUGGACUAGACUACCACUAGCAGAAAGAAAACCCGGAAGAGUAUGUAAACAAACGGUGUUUGCGUUCAAAACCAGGCGAAGGAGCAAGGUAAACAGAAGUAAUGAAAAGAGAAAACAUGAAACUGAGCAGCGAGACGGUGAAAAAGUAAAGUAUUUGAGGUGAAAAUCAUGGAAGACAAACAGCAGCUACAGCUCGUAGAAAACCCGGACUGGAUGUCGCGUCUGCCGGAGAAGCUGCUGGAUGUGCCGCUGUGGAACCUGGCUCUACCCGGAAGCCACGACAGUAUGUCUUUCUGUUUGGAUGUCUCUUCUCCUGUGCUUAGAUCAGAGCCCUGCCUCCUCAGACUGACAGACAGGCUGUUUCCCUGCUGGACUCGCCCCUGUGUUUACCGAUGGGCUACCACACAGCAAUCUGUCCUCAGUGAUCAGUGUGAUAUUGGUAUUCGGUUCUUGGACCUGCGGAUUGCCAGGAAACCAGCAGAAGGUGUCAAAUUGUUCUUUGCCCACGGCAUCUACACACUGCUGACUGUCAAGGAGGCUCUGGAGGAACUGGCUACCUGGUUGGAUGCUCAUCCGAAAGAGAUCGUAAUCAUUUCCUGCACACAUUUUGAUUCGCUGACUGAUGGAGAUCACACCCGCCUUGUGGAUUACAUCCUAUCUCUGUUUGGAGAAAAACUCUGCUCCUCACAGGACAGUCCCACCCUGCGUUCCUGUUGGUCCAGAGGUCAGCAGGUCAUUGUUUCCUAUGACAACCAGCAGAUGUUGCAGCAGCACCCUGAGCUGUGGACAGGAAUACCUUACUGGUAUGCUGACAGCACAGACCCUAAGAAGGUGAUUGCUUACCUAGAGGAUCAGAAACAUAGAGGGAGACCAGCUGGUUUUUAUGUCAGUGGUCUGAACCUGACAGAAGAUGCUCCCUAUGUCCUCUUCCAUCCCUUCCAGAACCUGAGGAAGAUGACGACAAAGGCUCUUUCACUGCUACUCCGCUGGGCAAGCGAGCAGCGACCUGGACCUGAGGUGGGCGGAGUCAACAUCCUCUGCUGCGACUUUGUAGCCAUCAGUCAAUUCUGCUCGCUUGUGAUCAGCCUAAAUUACAAACUGCUGGGUGAAGCAGGCUCCAUUUGAAAGUUGGCUCAACCCUCCUGUCCUGUCUGCAGGAUGCAAGGAGCGUUUCCUUCAGAUGCCACUGGCUAUUGCCAUAGUAACCGGACUGCGAUCCUGAGUUAGACCUUUUCCAUGUCUGUCACCUCAGUAUGUCUUUUUUCUCUCAAAAAGCAUCGGUGUUUGCACGUGUGUCCAUUUAAGUAUUAAAUAUGAAUGGCAUGCACUUGGAGAGUGCACA